AUGCACAAACCACCACAGGUUGACAAACUGACAAUUGCUGUCUCCGGGGGUUCUACUGCUGCGUGCAUUCCAGGGAGCACACAUCUGAUUGUCGUUUUACCUGAUCUUUUCAUCAGAUUCGUAAACAAUAUAGGACAGAGAAACCAAACAAUUGUUGCAGAGUUCAUUCUCCUGGGACUGACAGAUGAUCCAGAACUGCAGCCCAUCAUUUUCAGCCUGUUCCUGAUGAUAUACCUGGUCACUGUUUUUGGAAACCUUCUUAUUGUCUUAGUUGUCACCUCUGACUCGCACCUGCAAACACCCAUGUACUUCCUUCUCUCCAAUCUGUCCUUUAAUGACAUAUUCUUAAGCACAACUACCAUCCCAAAGAUGCUGGUGAAUAUCCAGACACACACUCAGAGCAUCACUUUUACAGGCUGCAUCUGCCAGAAUUUCUUUGUCCUGGCUUUUAUUAUGUUUGAAAAUUGUCUUCUAGGAGCAAUGGCCUAUGACCGCUAUAUGGCCAUUUGUCACCCACUAAGGUACAGCGUCAUCAUGAAUCCUUGCUUCUGUAGCCUUAUGGUUCUACUUUCCAUGGUCAUUAGUAUGAUGGUUUCUCUGCUCCACAGUCUCAUGAUUUUGCACCUGUCCUUCUGCACCCAUCUGGAAAUCCCUCAAUACUUCUGUGAGCUUCCUCAGGUUCUCAAGAUUGCCUGUUCCAGUACCCUCAUUAAUAACUUCCUGCUAUACUUCGUGGCUUGCAUAUCGGCUGGUGCUCCUCUUUCUGGGAUCAUAUUCUCCUACACUAAAAUUGUCUCUUCUGUUUUGAGCAUACCAUCAGCUGGCGGAAAAUAUAAAGCGUUUUCAACCUGUGGGUCUCACCUGUCCGUUGUUUCUUUAUUUUAUGGGACGGGGGUUGGUGUGUACAUCAGUUCCAUCUUUACACAGUCUUCCAGAAAGACAGCAGUAGUCACAGUGAUGUAUAUUGUUUUCCCUCAAAUGAUAAAUCCUUUUAUCUACAGCUUGAGGAACAGAGACAUCAAGGUAAGUUUGAAAAAACUCUUUGUUAGACUCUGUUCCUUGUAG